AUGGCACUGCAGCGGUUUAGUGCCUCAUCAUCCUCAGACUAUGAGAGCUACAGUGAUGAUGGCACUUCAGAGGCGCAGUCUGACGUUUCCAUCGAGCCUGCAGCCAAGAGGCCAAAACCAAUGGUGGAAUCGAUGCGCAAUCUUUCCUGGAAUCAGCUGCAAUCCUUGGAGCUGGAUGCGGAUGGUGUCCAGGUUUGCCGCCAAGCCUGGCUCCACAUCCUUGGCAUUGGCCGAGAGAGGCAGCAAAGGGAUUGCUUGGUCUGCAUUGUGGACAGCAUGGACAAAUCCAAGUUCCGCUUACCUAGGUGGCUGAAGCAACGGUUGCAGUCUGGCUUUGCACGUGCUGGGUUGGACUUCCAUGCUGAAUACAUCACGAGGGUGGCAACCUAUCUAGAUGAUGAUCGCAAAGAAGUUCUACUUGAGCUGGCCGAAUAUCUUGAAUCCAACUACCACCACUAUAGCCGUGGUGUGCAAUACCUUCGUAUGUUGGCUGGCCAGGUUGCCAUGCCACGUGCAGUAGAACCCGAUACUGAGUAUUCCAUCAAGAAUGUGCUGACAUCAAAAAUGGAAGAGAUCACUGCGAGUUGCAACAUGGGGAAGUGGCUUUGGGAUAAGUAUGGAAGUGAUGCUGGCAUGGAUGAGUUCAAAUCAGCUAUGAUUCAGAUCUUUGCUAUGGACAGCGUCAAAAAACACAUUGAGCACGUCAAACCUGUGACCCAUGUGCCAAUGACAUCCAUGAAGGGCCUCUACUUGGACAUUUGGGAUUUGUCCUUCAGGGAGGAUGCAAAGUAUGGAGAAGUAGGUCGAUGGCCUGCUACACAUGCCUACAAGGCUCACUUUGGCUCCUUCUUGGAGCAUGGCUUCCAGAGCCACCGGGAGUGUCUAGAUAUCAAGUUUUCCAACACAGCGGUGGAAACCACCAAUCCCGUCUUUGCAAUUGACCGCUUCUCAGAGAUUUCUGAAGAGCUGCUGGUGGAGGAUGACCAGAUGGCCAAGACCUUGGCCUCAUUCCGGUAUGUGAAGUGCAAUUACCAGAGGCAUGCCAAAGCAGAAGAUUUCCUUUAUGAAACCCUUUGCCUUGCCAAUCGGACUGCUGAGAAGACAAAGCCCAGCGCCUUGGAUAUGAUGCUCCUUUUCAAGGAGUCAGUGCGGCUCAAGCAGACUGGUUGGCGGGUGGCUGACACUACCAGGCGGCUUAUCUACAAUUUGCUUCGCUGCCCAACAGCGCUAUGGGAGGCCUUGAAGGCAUGCUACAAUGAGUCCAAGCCAGAACAAGCAGCCUUGACGAUGGAGAACAUGGAUGGAGACUACUUUGUUCCAGGAACAGAGCUCUUGGAAAAUGGGCCAAAGAUUUGGCAGGAUAUUCAGGCUUACCUGGGCACAGGCCCACUGCUGGACAGCAUUCUUGAGCAGAGGGGUUUGGACCCCAACUUCGAUUACAAGAAGAUGGGGUUUGUGAUGGAGGCAUGCGGCAAGCAGCAAGAGGAGCAUGUGAUCUCUGCCCAAUCUUCUGUCAAUGACGCUAGGAAGUCUUCGCUGCGAGCAGCCUUCAACCUCCUACUGACCAACGUUGCAAAUGACCAGUGCUUGCAAGAUAAGUUCCUGGCGACGGCUGAGAUGAACUCAUGCAGGGCAGAUGCUUCAACCUUUUCAGCCAAGAAUGAGCCCUGGCUCCAAGCGACCCUUACUGCUCAUGGUGAUGGGAUCCGUCGCCCCAACCAGGAACGCAUUGUUCUCUGGAUAAACUAUGCUGCUGCUGGUGUGGUUCCUGCCAAGAAGAUUCUCUUCACCUUGGAGCAAGUGCAGCAGAUUUUGCAUGGUUUCCCCAGGACAGCGGUUGCUUUUGUGCUUUUGCCCAACAGGGCCGCAGAUUUGAGAAGCUCUCCCCGGAAAGAAGAGAAGGAGGAGCCUGAGGAAGAAAAAGAAGAGGAGGAUUCACACCCAACGAAGAAACAUGAUGAAGGACUGAGUGAAAUGCUCAAGGUGGAGAGGGGCAAUGGCAAAUUUGCAACCGAUACUCGCCUGACCCGGGUACAGGAGCUCAAGCAGGCACAAGGAUUGAAAUCAAGUUUCCCAUCCUUUGAAAGCGUGGUUGCUGAUUUGAAGAACAAUGCCCAUGAACCACCUGUCCCAGACUUCCAAGUGUGCGUGCCAGUUCCGAAUGGGUUGGCCAUCAAGCAGAACUUGGUGGAUUACUGGACAGCCAUUGACACAUUCCAGGUGCCCAUGGCUGAAUUGCUGGAAGCCCACAACAAGAAGUACAAUCCACAUGGCAUCAAGCGUGGGGCAUCUGACACUGCUGGGCCAGAGGGAGAAGGUGGCACUGCUACCAACAAUGGUUCCAAGAAGAUGCGCAUUGACAAUUGCGUCAAGGUUGCUGACCAUGAGGGGACAAUUGCUGACAAGUUCCUUGGAUGUUAUCCUUUGCAGUUUUACAGACAUAGGCUGGUUCUUGCUUGUGGAAAUGUCCGCUUUGUCUAUGACUGCAAGGAAGACAAUCUAUGGAUCUGCGGGAAUGACAGCAAGAAGAAGGAGACCUUUGAGGUGAAGGGGCCCCUUGAAGUAUUUGGCUUUGGAUCAGGAGACUUCGUGGAAGGCCCUGAAGCUAGCGAUGUCCAAAGCGAUGUUCUGACCUACCGGGAUGCCAUCAGCCAGCUUGAAAAUGCAGGAGAAGUGAAUGUGAAGGUGUCAAUGCACUCUUUGGACAAGAAGGAUGGGUCGAGUGAGAUGUCCAUAUGCUCACAGAAAAAGGUGUGCUUCGUGUUGGACCAGCCCAAGGAGAACAAAAAGAAGAAGGGUUCCGCUGGCGCUGCAAUGGUGAUACCUGAGUUUGACAUCGGAAGCUACCAGGCCAUUAACCAGGGUGAUGGUGACACGGACAUUGACAGUGAUGGCAGGGAUGCCUCUCCAUCCAUCGAGAUCAUCGGCGACACGUUCCAACGUUCCUCAAGCUUUGUGGAUGCCAAAUUGUCUGACACCAGCAGCGCU